GAGAGGGAAACGAACUUAACUAAACUAUAAUGAUGAGCAAAGGUGUUGUAAGUUCCAUUCUGUUCUUCAUGUUGAUCGGUUCCGUUUUUGUUGAGACUCGCCCACUUGGUCUAACAAUGACGGAAGAGAAAAAGCUCGUGGCUGGUUUCUUCGAUGGCUUAUCACUUGGUUCGAUCAAAGGCUCAGGUCCAAGUCCAGGAGGCAAGGGUCAUAAUUUCAUAAACCGGAGCGACAUGUCUCGAUUUGAUAAGCAGUCCGGUCCAAGCCCAAGCGGACCCGGUCACUAAUAAUCAAAUCAUUAGCUCAAACCGGGCCAAUUUCAAGUACA